UUGAAUACCGUAACUACCAGAUAACAGUGGUUAUGUUCAUGAUGGACACAAUGAGUGACUUAGUCCAGCACUGAGUCCUCAAGCUCCUUCCUAGAAGACUGAAAAUGUGUCAGCGACUAAAACAGAUGCUGUAACGUGAAUGAAAAGAUAUUUUGACAUGAAGGAAACUACUCUGGUGUACAGUUUCACAGGAGUUAAAUCCUGAGCGGAAGAAGAAACUGUUUGUGGAAGCGUUUUAUUUUGAAACUGGACUCAAGUCAGACGUGUUUCCCCUCUGGAUCCAGCAGAGUCCAGCAUAACAGCACAGGUCAGAGAGAGGAGAGUUUGUUGAAGUGAAACCGAAAGUUUUUUCUGAGCGACAGCAGAACUGCAUUUGAGACAAAUCUCUGCGUUUCCGUCAAAAGAAAAAUAAAAUAGAGCUCAUCAGGAUAUUCUCAACAACUGCUCAAAUACUGACAUGUCUGCUGCCAGUAACCUGCAAUCUGAAGAUCAUUUUCUGUGCUCCAUCUGUCUGGAUGUGUUCACUGAUCCCGUCAGUGCACCAUGUGGACACAACUUCUGCAAAAACUGCAUAGACAAACACUGGAAUAUUGAUGGCAGGUGCCGGUGUCCUAUGUGUAAGAAGGUUUACAAAACAAGACCUGAACUUCAAAUCAAUACUUUCAUCUCUGAGAUGGUUGCUCAGUUCAGACAGUCAACUCAACAGAAAGCCAGCAGCAGCAGCAGCAGCAGCUCAGAGCAACAAGCUGCCAAACCAGCAGAAGUUCCCUGUGACAUCUGCACUGGAACCAAACUGAAGGCCCUGAGGUCCUGCCUGGUGUGUCUGACCUCCUACUGUGAGACUCACCUGGAGCCUCAUCUGACGGUGUCAGGCCUGAAAAGACAUCAGCUGAUCCACCCCGUGGAGAACCUGGAAGACAGGAUGUGUACGAAGCACGAUAAACCUCUGGAGCUGUUCUGUAAGACCGACCAGACAUAUGUCUGCUUGAUGUGCUCUGUUUUAGAUCACAAGACACAUGAGUUUGUUCCUCUGGAAGAAGAAUAUGAAGGAAGGAAGGCAGAGCUGGGGAAGACUGAGGCUGAAAUUCAGCAGAUGAUCCGGAAGAGACGACUGAAGAUCCAGGAGAUCAAACACUCAGUGAAGAUCAGUAAAGAUGAUGCAGACAGAGAGAAAGCAGAAGGUGUUCAGGUCUUCACUGCUCUGAAGGAGUCUGUUGACAGAGGCCUGAACGAGCUCAUGAAGGAGAUCGAAGAGAAACAGAAAACGACAGAGAAACAGGCUGAAGUUUUCAUCAGAGAUCUGGAACAGGAAAUCUCUGAGCUGAUGAAGAGAAGCACUGAGGUGGAGCAGCUCUCACGCUCUGAAGACCACCUCCACCUCCUCCAAAACUUCCCAUCCCUGAAAGCUGCUCCACCCACCAAGGACUGGACAGAGGUCAGAGUCCGUCUACCGUCAUAUCGGGGGACUGUGGUGAGAACUGUGGCUCAGCUGGAGAAGACGCUCGGUAAAGAGACGAAGAAGCUGUUUGAGGCUGAGCUGAAGAGGGUCCAGCAGUAUGCAGUGGAUGUGACUCUUGAUCCUGAUACAGCACAUCCUGGUCUCAUCCUUUCUGAUGAUGGGAAAGAAGUAAAUGACGGUGACGUGGAGAAAAAUCUCCCAGACACCCCAGAAAGAUUUUCUUCUCUCUGUGUCUUAGGAAAGCAGAGUUUCUCCUCAGGCAGGUUUUACUACGAGGUUCAGGUUAAAGGAAAGACUGCCUGGACUUUAGGAGUGGCCAGAGAGUCAAUCAACAGGAAGGGAGACAUCACACUGAGCCCUGACGAUGGAUACUGGACUAUAUGGUUGAGAAAUGGUAAUGAGUACGAAGCUAAUACUGACUAUCUAGUCUGUCUCUCUCUGAAGUCUCGGCCUGAGAAGGUGGGGGUGUUUGUGGAUUAUGAGGAAGGUCUGGUCUCCUUUUAUGACGUAGAUACUGCAGCUCUCAUCUACUCCUUUACUGGCUGCUCCUUCACUGAGAGACUCUACCCGUUCUUCUGUCCCUGUAAUAACGAUGGUGGUAAAAACUCCACCCCUCUGAUCAUCUGUCCUGUCAAUCAAACUGCCUGAUCUGUGUUAUGAUGAAGCGUCGCCAACAAUCAAUAUACUUAUUAAAUGAAUCUUUACAUUUAACCUCUAAAGUGUAAAUAUACACCAGCAAAGUAUUUAUACCACAAGUAGUAGGAUGAUAAUAAAUUAGAGACAUGAAAACUAACCAAUCAAUGAAAACCUGAUCAUUGCACAUAUUCAGUGGUAAUGUACAGUGUAAACGUAAAAUAGAGACACUGUGAUCACAGUGGUAUGCGUCAGACCACUAGGCCAUCAGGAUGUGUCUCGUUUAUUUUCAGUGUUAUAUGUAAAGCCUUUUGUGUUGCACAAAUUUAGCUGCCUUGCAGUGGUUGUUAUUUGGAAACUGGGCCAAUUACUGGUAGCAGAGCUGGAAUGAUGAGUCGAUUAAUCGAUUAGUCGAUGGACAGAAAAUUAAUUGGUAACUCUUUUGAUAAUCAAUUCAUUGUUGAAAACAAAUUUUAGUAAAACGGCGAAAAAAAUUCAGCUUCUUCAACGUGAGCAUUUUCUGUUUGUUUUUUUAAUUUUAUGUAAAGAGCAGCCUGUUACCCAUCUCUGAUAGAGGAAAAUAGAAACAGCCCUUGGUUUCUUUUCAGCUCUGUAGCCAGGCUGACAGAGUCAUAGCUCCAUUGAUCCAUGGAGACCUAUAGCUCUCAGUAGAGAUGACUUCAUGAGCUUCUUUAAUGAUAAAAUCCUAACUGGGAGCCCGGCAUUGCCCUGGCCUCCAGCACCAUUAGGAGUCUUGGAGUUCUCUUUACUCAGGAUAUGUUCUUUAACUCCCACAUAAAACAAGGACUGUCUUUUUCACCUACGUAAAAUUGUAAAA